CCAAACCCUAACCCAACUUUUCUCCUUUCACUCGGCAUCAACCUUCUUGCUCUCUCUCUCACACACACACGCACAAAAACGCACUAUAAAUAUGUGGUUCAUACUAAACUCGAAGACAAUAACAAAACACAACCCCAGAACAAAAAUCAGUAGCUCUUCUUUGUCGUGACCGAGUAAAAAUUCAAAUACAUACUUUGUGUAAGAAGAAGAAUGGAAGAACGCCCACCAGGCUUUCGAUUCUACCCAACUGAAGAAGAACUGAUUUCAUUCUAUCUGCACAACAUGCUCCAAGGGAGGAGAAAUGAAAUCAACAGAGUCAUCCCCGUCAUCGACAUUUACGAACUCGAACCAUGGCAUCUUCCAAAGCUCGCAGGAGAGUCGUGCCGUGGAGAUACAGAGCAGUGGUUUUUCUUUACACCGAGACAAGAGAGGGAGGCCAGAGGAGGCAAGCCUAAUAGAAUUACAGCUACAGGGUACUGGAAGGCCACUGGCUCUCCUAGCCAUGUUUAUUCUUCCGAUAAUCGAGUGAUUGGAGUGAAGAAAACAAUGGUUUUCUACAAAGGGAAAGCUCCUGCGGGAAGAAAAACCAAAUGGAAGAUGAAUGAGUAUAGAGCCAUUGAACAAGAAGCUGCUACUUCAUCUGGCUUUGCUGUUCCAAAGCUAAGGGUUGAGCUGACUUUGUGUCGAGUGUACGUGGUGUCGGGAAGUUUUCGAGCUUUUGAUCGACGUCCAUUAGGGACAGAAAGGAGAGAGACAAUAACCCAAUAUGUGGUCCAUGAAGAAGGGGAUGCGACAUCUUCUCGGGAUAAUCCAACGACUGAGAAAACAAGCUCACUUGAUACUUCAUACUCGGAAGAAGACCAUGUAGAACCCGGAGAGAUAACCAAUUGUGACAUGGUUAAAGAUCAAGAACCUUUAUGGGAGUGGGAACAAUUUUGGCUCUAAUUAGAAACUGUCACAUAUUGCAGUUCAGUCAAAUUUGUAUACAUUUUGUAAAUAAGUAUGAGUAAGCAAGCAUAACCAGAGCUUAUCUCCAGAAUUAGACAAAGUCUUUUUUUUUGGCAAGUAAUUUUUGAGGUGGGACAAGACCAUGUUUAACUAGGGAAAUGUCUGUAUUGCCCGUAGGGCUCUUUCUUGUAAAAGCAAUGAAGGCAUUCGGAGUGUUUGGCCUCAGUGGCUGCUUCAAGCUACAGAUGUUGAACUCUCCAACUUGCAUUUGUAAUCUUCCUUUUAUGUAUCUAUUAAAAAAAAAAAAAAAAUUAAAAAAAAAAAAACAACCUAAACAAGGGAAAUGUCAAACUUGUCGAGAUGUAAAAUUGAUGACUUUUAUAUUGUGAAAUAAUAACAUAAUUUUAUUAAUAUUUGGGAGAAUA